CUCUCUCUCUCCUACCAAAGUCCCCAAUGGCCAGCAACUCUUCCAACGGUUGUCUCUGGAACCUCUGCCUCUCUCUCUUCAAGCUCAUCGUCUCCCUGGGCAUCACCAUCUUCAUCUUCUGGCUCAUAUUCAGGCCCAGCAAGCCCAAAGCCUUCAUAGAAUCAGCCCGUUUGGCCCAAUUCAACCUCACAAACGUUCAUAAGCCCAAUGCCUCCCUCACCUACAACCUCACCCUCAACCUCAGCGUUCACAAUCCAAAUAAAAGGAUCAGCUUCUACUAUGAUUACAUUGAGGCCCAAGCCCAAUAUGACGGGACCCAAUUCGGCCUGGACUCAAAUUUUCCGGCCUUCUUCCAGCAUCACAAGGAUACCACUGUUUUGUAUCCAAAGUUCAUGGGCCGGGCGGUUGGGCUGGGCUCGGUGGUGAGUACGACAUUUGAGCGGGAGAAGAGGGAGGGGUUCUUUUAUGUUGAUUUGAUGGUUUAUUGUAAGGUGAGGAUUAAGGUUAUGUUCUUUAAGUUCGGGCAUUUUAAGCCCAAGUUCGGCUGCAGAUUGAAGCUUGCUGAGAAACCUGAUGGUGGGUUUGAGAGGACGAAGUGCGAUGUUGACUUUUGAGGGAUUGGAUCCAAGGUUGGAUUUUUUUUAUUUUUUUUUUUACUUUUUUUUAGUUUCAAGUUGUAUUGUGUUGCAAUUGUUUACGGUUACAGAUUCAUAGGAGUAUUUAGCUUGAUGCAUUUGUGGGAGUUUGAAUUGUAUCGAUUUGUUGGUUGUGAGCAAUUACAGCGUGAUGAUUGCUACGGAUAAAUAAUAAAAUUUGAC